CGGAGUGAAGCAAGGCCUCACGGGCGUCCAGAAGGACGGACGGAUAAUCCGGGGUCCCCGAGUACUGGGGAAAGGCCGCGGCAACUCUCCGUCCCCCUCCUCGGACCCCAGGGGCACCCGGCCCCGCCGUCGGAGCCCCCCGUCUCGAGCUCCCCGGGAGUAACGAUGCGGGUCGCGUGGAUGGUGGGCAUCUUGUCCCUGACCUGGGCCGGCGUCUGCCCGGGUGCAGCGUGGGACGGGCCGGUGUCUGACGGCAGCGCAGAGUCACAUAGCCCCGUGCCGAGAGUGCUCACAGAGGACGGCCAACUUUGCAAGUUCCCCUUCCGCUACGGCGGCCGGAUGUACCAUUCUUGCACCUCCAAGGGCAGCUCUAGGAAGAAAUGGUGUGCGACCACCCAUAACUACGACCGAGACCGGGCCUGGGGGUACUGCCUGCCCACCCCCCGAGACAACACCACGACGGUGAAUCCGUGUGCCCAGAGGCCCUGCAGAAACGGAGGCACCUGCUCCGAAGCCUUCGACGCCACGUCCUACCUGUGCUCCUGCCCCGACGGCUUCACCGGCCGGCGCUGCCAGACCGAAAAGUGCUUCGACGAGAGCCGGUCCGAGUACUUCCACGUGGGCGAGAACUGGGCGAGGAUCGGCCUCCGGGGCACGGUGGAGCUCUGCAACUGCACGGCCGGCCGCAGCCUCUGCCUCCGCUCGCGUUAUACCGACUGCGUCAACGACCCCUGCCCCUCGGGCAGCUCCUGCCGCAUGGUGGUUCCCACCGGACAGACCCUCUGCGCCUGCCAGGCCGGACACGUGGGCACCCACUGCAACGUAGUCCCGGCGGAGCGCUGCCUCGUCGGCAACGGGACGACGUACCGCGGCGUGGCCGGGAGGACCGUGGCCGGCCGGCCCUGCCUGCCCUGGACCUCCGACCUGCUCUACCACGAGCUCCGCGUGGACAGCGUGGACCAGGCCGUGCAGCUCGGACUAGGCCGGCACGCCUACUGCCGCAACCCAGACGGUGACGAGAAGCCGUGGUGUUACGUCAUGAAGGACAACAUGCUUUCUUGGGAAUACUGCGACAUUCCAUCGUGCGGGGAGAAGGGCAGGAGGACCGCGUUUGCGACGUCGGCCCAGGCGUCCCCGACGGCGGAGAAGCCCGCCGUGACCAAGAGGGCCUGCGGGAAGAGGCAUAGGAAGCGGAGUUUCCUGCAGCCCCGGAUCGUGGGGGGCUCGUCGGCCCUGCCGGGCUCGCACCCGUGGCUGGCCGCCCUCUACAUCGGGGAAAGUUUCUGCGCCGGGAGUCUCGUCCAUCCCUGCUGGGUCCUCACGGCCGCCCACUGCUUCACCUACAGCCCUCCGAAGAAAAGCAUUACCGUCGUCCUGGGCCAGCAUGACUUCAACCAGACGAGAGACGUCACGCAGAAGUUCGAAGUUGAGAAAUAUAUCACGUAUCCCCUGUAUUCGGUCUUCAAUCCGAGCGACCAUGAUAUCGCGUUGAUCCGGCUGAAGAAGAAGGAGGACCGCUGCUCGGUGAAAUCUCAGUUCGUGCAGCCCAUCUGCCUCCCGGAGACGGGCACCGUCUUCCCCGACAACUACAAGUGCCAGAUUGCCGGCUGGGGGCACGUGAACGAGAACAUGACGAAUUACUCCAAGUUUCUUCAAGAAGCCCUGAUCCCGCUCAUUCCAGACAGCAAGUGCAGCAGUCCAGAAGUGUAUGGGGCCGAUCUCAGUCCGAACAUGCUCUGUGCCGGCUACUUUGAUUGCAAAUCGGAUGCGUGUCAGGGGGACUCCGGGGGCCCGUUGGCCUGUGAGAAGAACGGCGUCUCCUACUUGUACGGGAUCAUCAGCUGGGGCGACGGCUGCGGCCGAGCCAGAAAGCCCGGCGUCUACACGCGCGUGGCCAACUACGUGGACUGGAUCAACGACAAGCUGAAGCCCAGCCGCCGCGCCGCGGCCUCGGCUUAGGCCCGCCGGCCCGGGCUUCCCAACCUGUCCCGGGGCUGACCGGGGGCCUUGCCGAGCGGAGUCUGGGGAGCCCGUGGGCGGUUGGGGGGAUCGAAAGGUGGUCUAGGCCGCGCUGGGCGGGGGGCUCGUAAUCGUUCUCUGAAAUGGUGAGAAUUAAAAACGGGGAUCAGGCCCAGAGCGC